AUGUCGCGGGUACUUGUGAUCGUCUUGGUCGCGUUGACAGUGACGCUUCAAGGACAUCAAGGAUUGUCUUGGCCGACUUCUGUCGGUGAAAAUGCAGCUAAAGAGAACGAACAGAUCAAACAGGAAGAAGCAAUCAUCCAGAAGAUGGACGACAUUCUGAAGAAGACGAGGGGCUCGGCACCUCUUAAGGAAGCCCUGGCGGAUAAAAUGUGGCACUUCAGGAUGAGAGAAAUCGGAGACCUGGCAGGGAAAUAUCUCGAAGCCAUGAAGCAAGGUCGUGCAGAGACACCUGGCGUACCAAUGGGAAGUGAAGACUUCCAUAAAUGGGAGCAGAGCGUGUUGGAGUUGGACGACAUGGUGCGCAGACUGACAGGAGUGGAGGGACUGGAGACUGCGCGGGAAAACAUGUAUCGUCUGGAGGAGGUGGAGCUCCAACCAGCGCUAGAAAUCCAAUCGCUAUUGCUGAGACAGGAGGGGGAGGAGGCAAAGGAUCCUGCAGAAGCCGCCGCUGCAGCCGCUGCUGCCGCCGCCGCUGCCGAAGCUGCCAAAGAAGCCGCGGGUUCUGCAGGUGAGGCCGCGGGAGAAGCUGCAGAGGGUGCCGCCGACGCUGCCAAUGAAGCCGCUGAGGGAGCCGCCGACGCUGCCAAAGAUACGGGGGCAGAAGCGGCUGCCGCCGCCGCUGCGGCUGCCGAAGCUGCAAAGGAAGCAGGCGGCGAAGCAGCUGAGGGAGCCGCCGACGCUGCCAAAGACACGGGGGCAGAAGCGGCUGCCGCCGCCGCUGCGGCUGCCGAAGCUGCAAAGGAAGCUGCCGGCAAAGCAGCUGAGGGAGCCGCCGAUGCUGCUAACGACGCGGGGGCAGAAGGAGCUGCCGCCGCCGAGGCUGCCAAGGAAGCUGCCGGUGAAGCAGCUGAGGGAGCGAAAGACGACGGGGCUGCUGCUGGGGCUGCAGCCGCUGCAGCCGCCGCUGCGAAGGGAGCCGCCGAUUCCGCGGGUGACGCCGCGAAGGGAGCGAUCGACAGCGCCGCCAAGGCUGCUGAGGGAACGGCGCUGGGAGAGGCGGCAAAGGGGGCUGCGGAUGCUGCGAAGGGAGCGGUUGAUAGCGCGAGUCAAGCCGUCGGUGAGGCUGCUAAGGGGGCUGCAGGAGCGGCUGCAGGGGCGGCGGCUGCGGCUGCAGGAAAUGCUGCAGGAGCCAAUGAUACUGCUGCAGAAGGCGAGGCGACUGCCACUGUGGGCGCAGCUACAGAAAAGGCAGAGACCGCAGAUGAGGCAGCGGCGGGAGCGGGAGUUGCCGCCAAUUCAACAGCAGCCGCGGAACCAAAGAAUUGUCCGACAUUCUGCUGGCAGUGGGGAGCGAAGGUUUGCUGUGAGCCGGAAGCGUGCACGUUCUUCUGGUGCGCCUAAACCCAACGGCAGAGCAGAAUCCACCAUCAAUAGAAGAUUCCUCCAUUGAAAACACCAUUUCGCGUAGAUCU